AUGUAUGUGAAAUGGUUUGAUACAGGAAUGUUAUACUAUGUGAUUUUAGUGAUUUUAGUGAAUGUCACUUUUUGUCAUUUUCAAAUUUCCUGCCGUUCCGUCCCCCGUACAUCCCGACGCUCGCAGGGGAUGGAACCCAGAUGACAAAUGCCGGGGACACUGCAGGAGGGACAUCGUGGGAGCGCAGGACAAGGUAAGUGAUUGAGGGAUCGUGGAGAAGCGCCGCAUGGUAAGCCCGAGUGUAGCUCGGGGUUACCGCUUGUGCUACACUCGGGAAUACCGCCAGGGAGGUUA